AUGCUUAGUAUAGUUGCUGGCUCAAGUAAACCGCCAUCCCGAUAUCGUCGAUCUGCACAAAAUUAUGACGAAUUAGAGAACUUUACAUCACCAUUUACGAUCAAAUCGAAACCAGUUCGUAGCACUGUUGUUGAACGAGACGUAUCAGGUUUAACAAAAAUCGACGAUUUACCACCACCAGAGUCAUUUGACGCUUUACAAUGUGGAGGAGAAAGAAUACGAACGAUUAUAGCUGCUCUUCAACACAAUGUACUGGUGCGAAAAGAGGAUCUUAUGCGGAAUUUGGACUAUGUGGCACGUGUAUUGGAAAGUGCGCAUUUGGACGAAACCAGACGUCUUAUGGAAGAAGACGAUGUGUUAUCCGAAAUAGAACCAGAUAGUGUACCAAAUGAAGUGCGCGACUGGUUAGCAAUGACAUUUACACGUUCUAUGUCCACAAUGAAACGACGUCCAGAAGAAAAACCAAAAUUUAAGAGUGUUGCACAAGCUAUUCGAGCUGGAAUAAUGGUCGAUAGGAUUUUAAAAAAAUGGUCAUUACGUGUUAAAGUUAAGGUGUCACUAACUUCGUUACAAAAUUUCUUAGAACAAAUGGAAAUGGGCUAUAGUAAAUAUCAUAAUCCUUAUCAUAACUUAAUUCAUGCGGCCGAUGUAUUACAAACAACAUAUCAGAUAAAUUGGCUUACUGAUCAUGAAUUGUUUGCCAUGUUCGUAGCAGCGAUUAUACACGACUUUGAACAUACGGGAACAACAAAUAGUUUUCAUGUACAAUCAAAAUCCGAUGUUGCAUUAAUCUAUAAUGAUCGAGCCGUCCUAGAAAAUCAUCAUGUUAGUGCAGCAUUUCGUUUAAUGAGAAUUGAUGAUUAUAAUAUCGUUUCAGAGUUUAGCAAUGAAGAAUAUAGAGAUUUUCGUCAACUCGUUAUUGAUAUGGUGUUAGCUACUGAUAUGAGUUUUCAUUUUACACAAUUAAAAAAUAUGAAAGGUUUACUAAGUAUGCCAGAAAAUAUUGAAAAAUCGAAAGCACUUGCUUUGGUGCUACAUUGUGCAGAUAUUAGUCAUCCUGGAAAACCAUGGCAUAUCCACCAUAGUUGGACAGAAAAUUUGUUAGAAGAAUAUUUCAAACAGGGAGAAAAAGAAAAAGAACUUGGUUUACCAUGUUCACCACUAUGUGAUCGUGAGAAUACGCUUGUAGCUGAAUCUCAAAUAGGCUUUAUUCAAUAUAUUGUUGAACCAUCAUUUUCUGUUAUGGGUGAUAUGCUCGAAAAAAUAAUAAAGUCCUGUGAUAUAACUUCUGCACCAGCAUCUCCAGUACCACUGAAAAGUCCGUCGCCUCUUCCAUCACCUUCACCUCCAUCAUCAGCAGGUUCAUCAAACGAAUCGGGAAAUGUUAACGAAGAUACCAAUGGACAAGUCCAAAGACCGUUAACAACACCAACACCAACAACAUAUCAAACUGGACAUCUACCGUUGCGGAGACCAUGGGAAGAUAAUUUACGUUUAAAUAAAGAACGAUGGCAAACGAGUGCAGAAGAAGAAAAGCGACGACGCGAAUUAAAAUCAAUACCCGAAUAA